AGUCACUUGCGCCUUGCUGUUUGGUGAUUGUUCGACGUUUUCGAGUGGACGAAGAGAAAGAGGAGACGUGCAACGUGAUUUGGUAGCGCGCGGCAGCGUUGCCAAUGUCAAUGUUAAACAGUGCUUGGAAGACGGUCACGGUGAUACACAAUGGCAGUCGAACGGGGAAGACGAGCAAGUGGCAACGUCGCAAUUAGUUGGAAUUAAACGUCCGCGCGGAAAUGUCGAUCGGGAUCGGGAGGUGGAUGAAAGUCGAGAUCGAGCUUGUGCGUGACCACGUAUCUUCAUCGUGGAGAACAACGACCGUGUGGCUGGCUUGAGGCCAAUACAAGUCUAGUUUAACGGAGUGAACGUGAAAAUCAGGUGGAUAGUGGUGGUGGUGGACUCGAGGAGGGAGAGUAGAAGGCGAACAGGAAAGAAGGACGGAAGGAAGGAAGGAAGGAAGGAAGGAAGACUUGGUGGACGACAAAGACGCUUUCCUAGUGAAUUUAUUCGUGGUUUUGAUUAUAUUCUCUGUGUACAAGAUGCGCUCGCGACGUCGUGACGGCGGCUGAAGGAAGAAGAAAACGAGCGGCUCGUAUAGCCCUCGAUUCCACGUGUCGACCCGUCCUUUUAUUCUUUUCUUUUCCAACAUCGACGAGAAAGCGUACUGCGCAGUCAUCCCGUCCUCGCUUAUCUCCUCGAAGUUUACCGAUUCGCCGCGAGAAACAGUCAAGGUCACGCAACGCGACAGCCGUUGAAAGAAUAAUCCAAGGCGACAGACACGGAGUCACGAAGAAACGCGGGAUUGCAAAAGGAGGGGGGCGGAAGAAAGGAGGAGGGGACGAGGCAAAGCGACGAGCGAGCAAGUGGAAGAAGCGGAGAAAAGGGGCGAGAGGGCGCUGCACGACAUAAACAACGCGCGAUAAAAUUUCAGUGGCCAGGAGAGGAGGAGAGGAAGAGAAAGGGAAAAGAAAAAGAAGGGGUAAUAUGCGGUUAGAGGGGAAGGGGUGCGGGGCCGAAAAAGCCUUGUGAAGAAACUAAGGAUUAGAUGGUGGAGGUGCUCGAGGGGCGGGCUAGGGAGCCUACGGGGCCGAUCAAGGCACCUCGCACCUACCCAGGGCCGGGCAGGCCUGGAAACAGCCUCCUCCAACAGGUCCUCGACGCCGAGAACACAGAUCCGCAACUGCGUCCGCGGCUGCGUCCCUCUCACCUCGCUUCCGAUGCUCUCUUAAGGCCCCUCGCUCUUCUCCAGACCACCAGUGGCCAGGUAUCAUCACCGAGGUCCCGAUUCUCGUCGAGCGUCGUCGAGGGCAGUGACAACCUCGGCCUCGACGGGCCGGGGAUCGAGAUCGCCGCGGAUCGGUUCGGUGGGGAGGGGCAGGAACGCAGGAGAAGAAGGCGGCGAGAAGAAGGAGGGAGCGACGGGAGUUCGAGCGGAUUCGACGACGUGGGACGGGGCUCUGACAUUGACAGCGGAAGCGGCGGGGAAGGGGGGCGAGCGGUGAGGCUUGGAAGAUUCGAGGAUCGGAUCGGUGGUGGGUCGAGUGCGGAUCGGGCAGAGGGGACAACAAGGUGGUCAGGUGGGAGGAUAGAGAGUGGUGGUGGGUAAAAGUGGUGCAGCAGAG